AUGAUCUGCAACAGAGGGUAUCCAAGGCUGUUAAGAAACAAAAAUGUAUCCUUUGUAAGGUUGAAGUACACAAAAAAAGAGCUUGUCUUGCAGGUGAAUGAGGGUAGCAUUGAAUUCAAUGAUGGUGGUGAAGGAGGUCAUAAUGAUAGACAAGACAAUGAUGAGGUGGAACUCACACCUAUGGAUUUUGAUGCUUCUAGAAAUGGAGAUGCAGUCAAUGAUGUUGAUGAUAUAGUCAAUGGUGUUGAUGAUGCAAGCAAUGGUGUUGAUGUCAAUGAUGGUGAUGCUUAG